CCGCUCUCUCAUCUCCCCCCGCUUUCCCCUGCUGCCGUGCUCAUCCGCCUGAUCCAAACUCACUCUAGCUAUCUCCCAGUCCCAAACACAAUGGCUCCGUCUGUCAGGAGAUCUUCUACGACUACUCGUCCCAGGGCUCCUGCUGCCCCUGCGAAGGAGAAGAGGGGAACGGCGACCAAGGCGAAGGCUAGCACCAAGGAUGUGAAGGCUGCCCCUGCUCAUCCUACCUGGCAGGAUAUGAUCAAGGAAUGCAUUGCGGCGCACCCCGAGGAAGCCCGUGCCGGUGUGUCCAGGCCUACCAUCAAGAAGUUCGUCGAAGACAAGUACAAGAUCGACAUGAACAACGCCGCUGCCAGUCAGCUUAACCGCGCUAUCUCCCAUGGCGCCGAGAAAGGUGUCUUCGCCUUACCCAAAGGCCUCUCUGGCAAAGUCAAACUCGCUCCAAAGACAAAGGCAGGGGACGCUGCCAAGGAGAAUGCGCAACCUGUAGUCAAGAAGCCUGCUGCUUCCACCAAUACGGCGUCUAAGAAGCCCGCCGCUGCCAAAUCUGCCGCCACCAAGGCAAAGACGCCUGCGACGAAGAGUGCGAAGAAGCCGCUUGGGAAAUCUGCCGGUGCUGCUGCACCAGCGAAGUCCAGUGGCACAACUGCCAAAGGGAGGACUGUCACACCCAAGGCUAAGGAAACGAAGCCGAAGGCUACCGCUACCAAGAAAGCUCCUGCUGCGAAGAAGAGCACCGCAAGCACUGCUGUUGCUAAGAAGAAAGCCCCUUCCGAGGGGACGAAGAAGACUACCACUAAGAGAGGUACUGCAAAGAAGUCCGUGACUGGCGAGACUAAAGGCAAGACUGCCGCCGCUAAGCCGCGGCCAGCGAAAGCUACUAAGAAAUCGGGUGCGGAGGCGAAGCCGGCAUCUAAGGUGAAGCCAGCCAGCAAAGCUUUAGCGAAACCUGCUUCUGUGAAAGCAUAAACGCACUCGUUGGUUUCAUCGCGCUGUGAUCUAUUCUUAUUUGCUACCCUGUUGUCUUGACCCUGUCCGGAGGGUUGUAUAUUCUUCUCUUGCUCCAUGUCCGGUUCGCUUAUUAUCUGUGUCUCGAUAUUGGUUGUAUUCUAGUCCUAGGUAUUCUUGAUAUUAUUGUGUAAAAUUGCGUUUGGUGGUGGUUGUGUUAUAUAUGAUUAUGUGUCUG